AUGGACUCGGAUAUGCCACACUUCACUUUUACGCUAUCCGGUGAUUUUGAUGCAAUGGAUCGUUGGAGUCGCACGCGGUCCCAGGGCUGUGGUGCAGACACGCUUAAUGAGGUCAUAGAACCUAAGGUUUGGAACAAUGAAAGCGCAGCGCUGAAUACCGCACUUGAGCCACGAGGACUAAGCUACGUUGGGUCACCUGUGCGAUAUCAGGCAUCGGAACUUACUGACGGAUCAGGCCCAUGCGUUUCCUUCUGCGCCGAAAAUCGCUGUGGCAGCCCCGCAACCAGUAGCCAUUCAACAUGGAAGAAGUUACCGUUGACACUUGCACCUCCUGAAGCGGCUAAAGUAGAGACAAUCACGGGAGAUUCUGUUGCGAAUGAAAGCCUGCCAGUCUCUGACUCCGCUGUGUCAAAGCUGGCCAGUGUGAUUGUGGAUACAGCCGCACCUCAUGAUCCCUACGGACAACGCCAACAAUCCGGCAGCGCAGAAUCUGAAAAUCUUGCGUACGCCAAUUUAGCCACGCUGAUUCCGGACGAACUGACAAUUUCUGCUGCGAGGAAUCCUCGGAAAGACUUUCUCCCUUUGCCAGAAAAAUCCAAUACAGAUCCACUGGACCAAAAUCUUGCAAUCAAGCGUGCAAUGGUCGACACGGUGGAAGCAUCUUUGAUCAGACCAUGUUUGGCUUUGUAA